GCCGCCGUAGUGUGUGUCGCAGCUGGUUUUUUCGGCAGUUUGCGGAGCUUCUACGAUGGCGGCAGUGGCUCCUGUUGCGGAGGGAACGAGUGUGACCGCAGUUCCUGUGUCAGGUGGCGACGGCAAUGAUGAGUUGCCCGAAGCCGAAGAGGAAUCGGGGCCAAAGGAUGCAGCCGCAGAAGGAGCGGAGGCCAUGAGGGACAGCGAGGAGGACGAGGAGAACGUAUUCGAGGUGGAGAAGAUCCUGGACGUGAAGACUGAGGGGGGUAAAACCCUUUACAAAGUUCGAUGGAAAGGAUAUACGUCAGAUGAUGACACCUGGGAGCCUGAGGUUCAUCUGGAGGACUGUAAAGAAGUUCUUCUGGAAUUUAGAAAGAAAGUGGCAGAGAACAAAGCUAAAGCAAUCAAGAAGGAUAUUCAGAGACUAUCCUUAAAUAAUGACAUAUUUGAGGCAAACUCUGAUAGUGAUCAGCAAAGUGAGACAAAAGAAGAUACUUCUCCAAAGAAGAAAAAGAAAAAAUUGAGGCAUAGAGAAGAGAAAAGCCCAGAUGACCUGAAAAAGAAAAAAGCAAAGACUGGGAAGCCAAAAGAUAAGUCCAAACCAGACCUGGAGGGCGCCUCCGAAAGCUUCGUUUUUGAUCUAAGGACAAAGAAAAGAAUUUUGGAAGCCAAAGAAGAAUUAAAGGAAUCCAAAAAGCCCAAGAAAGAUGAAAUAAAAGAAAGUAAGGAAUUAAAGAAAGUUAAAAAGGGUGAAAUAAGAGAUUUAAAGAUUAAAAGAGAAGAUCCCAAAGAAAACAGAAAAACAAAAAAAGAGAAAUGCAUUGACUCUCAGUUGGAAUCUGAAUCAAGUGCGCUUAAUGAUGCCCCUUUUCAAGAAGAUGACAGUGAAGACUUACACUCUGAUAUCCGAGAAGAGCAACAGAAAGUUCAAAGCGCAGAAGACCGAGCCGCUCAGGAGGCCCGCGAGGACCGCGCAGCCGAGGAGCCGCCGGCGGGCGCGGGUGCGGAGGAGCCUGCGCACCUCAGAGCGAAGAGGAAAAAGAAGGCGCCGAGGAAGCCCGAGGACCCCAAGGAGGGCAGGAAGCUGGGAAACAAGAACUCUUUCUUAGAGAGGAAAACUGUACCUAAAAAGCAAAGGGGUCAAGACAGAGGCGGAAACACCCCCGAGGUAGAUAAGCCGACACCUGUGUCUGCCCAGACACCACCGAAGGAUUGGCGACCGGGCGGGGAAGAGAGGGGCCUCGGGCUCAGGUCUGGUGGCUGCACGGAGGAGGAGAAAGAGACCAAAAAAAAUGAACCCAAAGAAAAAUAUCAGAAAAGGCAUGAUUCAGAGAAGGAAGAAAAAGGCCGAAAAGAGCCAAAGGGAUUAAAGACAUUUAAGGAAAUCGGAAAUGCGUUUGAUUUAUUUAAAUUAACUCCAGAAGAAAAAAAUGAUGUUCCUGAGAAUAAUCGGAAAAGAGAAGAAAUACCACUGGAUUGUAAAACCACAGAAGAUCACAAGACCAAGGAAAAUAAGCAGUCACUUAAAGAAAGGAGAAAUACAAGAGAUGAAACUGAUACUUGGGCAUACAUUGCUGCAGAAGGUGAUCAGGAGGUUUUAGACAGUAUGUGCCAGAUGGAUGAGAAUUUGGAUGGCAGGCAACAGAUUUUGAGUCUGGGCAUGGAUUUGCAGUUGGAAUGGAUGAAAUUAGAAGAUUUUCAAAAGCACCUUGAUGGAGAAGAUGAAAAUUUUGUUACAGCAGAUGCAGUUCCCAGUAAUGUGUUAAGGGAUGCUGUGAAAAAUGGGGAUUAUAUUACAGUAAAGGUUGCACUUAAUUCAAAUGAAGAAUAUAACCUAGAUCAAGAGGAUUCCAGUGGGAUGACACUCGUGAUGCUUGCUGCAGCGGGUGGGCAGGAUGACCUCCUGCGGCUCCUCAUCACAAAAGGAGCAAAAGUGAACGGUCGGCAGAAGAACGGGACCACUGCCCUCAUUCAUGCCGCUGAGAAGAACUUUCUAACAACAGUGGCUAUUCUUUUGGAAGCAGGAGCUUUUGUGAAUGUCCAGCAGAGCAAUGGUGAAACUGCACUGAUGAAGGCCUGUAAAAGAGGAAAUUCAGACAUUGUACGACUUGUAAUUGAAUGUGGAGCUGACUGCAAUAUUUUGUCGAAGCACCAAAAUAACGCACUGCAUUUUGCAAAGCAGUGCAACAAUGUGCUUGUGUAUGACUUGCUGAAAAGCCACUUAGAGACACUUUCAAGAGUAGCAGAAGAGACAAUAAAGGACUAUUUUGAAGCUCGUCUCGCUCUCCUUGAGCCAGUUUUUCCAAUAGCAUGUCACCGACUCUGUGAGGGGCCAGAUUUUUCAACAGAUUUCAAUUAUAAACCCCCACAGAAUGUACCAGAAGGCUCUGGCAUCCUGCUGUUCAUUUUCCACACAAACUUUCUGGGUAAAGAAGUUAUUGCUCGGCUUUGUGGACCAUGUAGUGUACAAGCCGUAGUUUUAAAUGAUAAAUUUCAACUUCCUGUUUUUCUGGAUAGUCAUUUCGUUUACUCGUUCAGCCCUGCUGCAGGUCCAAAUAAACUCUUUAUAAGGUUGUCUGAAGCACCCUCCGCUAAGGUGAAGCUGCUCAUCGGUGCAUACAGAGUGCAGCUGCAGUGACCAAGGAUGGGCGGAAUCAUUUUCAGACCAACUCCUAAAUGCUCUCUUCCAAGCAGUUUGGUAUUCUUCUGGCACACCUAAAACUUUCAAAUGUAAAGUUUCAUCUGUAAACCUCUUGCAGUUUAAUCCUGCCAUCUGUUAUAGUCUGUAAAAUGGGAUAUCGUGGCUCCAAGAUAUUAUAAAAUAUAAGUAUUUGUGCCAGUAUCAUAAAUCUCAACUUGGGUCCAUACUGCAUAUUUCAAUUUUUCCACAAUGUGGAAUGGUACAUAUGAGGAUUAUUUAAGAACACUAAAGGAAAGACUCUUUAACUUAAGAUUUCUACUCACCUUGGUGAAUUUGUGUCUUUAAAAAAAAAAAAAAGUCAAGAGUAAAGCAUGUGCUCACAGGAAGGGAGCACGUUCUGUUCAGUUUACCCAGGCACUGAAUAAAGUGUGGAUUUGCCACCCUUGAAGGAUGAGUAAUUAAUGCGGUGAUUUCAGAGGAGUUUGGAUCUUUUUCUAAUAUGCCCUUGCCACACAUCCCCUGAGCAGAAAGGGCAGAGUUGGCAAUAAUGUUAUAAACAUGCAGUUAUUGAUUAUCCUUCCAAAAAGUAACAAGAGAGCUGGCUGGUUAGCUCAGUUGGGUUAUAACACCAAGGUCCAGGGUUCAAUCCCUGUUACUGGCCAGCUACCAAAAAAAAAAAAAAAAGUAAUGAGAAUAAAAUAAAAAUCUAAGAUGUAGCAUGAUUGUAAACCAGGAUAUUAUGAGGCCUAAAAGAAUACUAAACAUGAAUUUUAAUUGUUCUUGAACACUACCAAAUAAUUUUGAAAAGCCAGAUCCUGUGUCCUUGUUUUGAACACUGGCUAGCAAAGUCUCACUCUUUCUUACAUGCUCUGAAGAAAUAUUUGGCAAACACUCAUAAAUCAAGCUCAGUCUGGAUUAUGAAAAAGCUGGACGUUGUUUAGUUCAAUAGCUUAUAAUUGCAUUAAAUGCAAUUUUAACACAAGUUUUUCAGAAUGUCACAUUACAAUGAUAGGCCCACAUACACUGUAUAGACAUUUCAGAGAACUAUUUUUACUUUAAGUCCUAAACGGCCUUUUCCUGUAGUUUUCUCAGUAAAACACGAAGAUGUUGGUUUCUCUUUUUCCUUUGUGUCAGUCUCAAGGCUUCAAAACAAAAUGGAAGUGAAACGUGUGGGGUUUUUUCAGUUAAAUGAUGGUUGGGAUUGGACUUUUUCAACUAAAUUGUGUCAUGUACCAGUACUCUAACUUCACAGCUUUCUGGAAGAAGUAGUUAUAAGAUGAGUUAACAACAGUGCAGGUAGGAGCAGAAAGGGAGACAGCAGUCAACUACAUAUGAGGGUACUUCAAAAAGUUCAUGGAAAAAUAGAAUUAAAAGGUAAUACAUUCUUUCCAUGAAUUUUCUCAAGUACUCUUGAAUAAGAGAAAUGAGGUUUUUUUAAAAAUUCUGUUAUCUGAAAAUCAUGCCUAUGAUGAACAGCUUAAUAGGAACACAGAAGGUGACCUGCUGUUGUAUCAAGGAGGCAAAGCCGUGUAAGAUAGAAAUCAAGUACAAAACCUGCACACACAGUUCCCUUUAGUAGUUUAGGCUGAGAAACAUGGAAGCUAUGCAAAGUCAGCAAGGAUGAAAUCUGUAAUAGGUGAGAUUUAAUUACUGAUUAAUGAAAAUUUGCGAUAACUUGGAGUAACACUAUCUCUCAGUUAUCUGUAUGUCAGCUUUUACCAGAUGUGCCAUUUAUAUGCCUUCUAGGAGCAGUGUGACAUGAGCCAUGCAGCUUUAUUUUUGCAUUGUUUUGCUCUAACCCAUAGCUUCUCUACAGCCAGGUAAAAAACCCAUUUGUUUUUUUGGGGGGGUGAAUAAAAAUAAGUAAAUGAUAAAA